AUGUUUUAUGUGUCAGAAUCUGGAAAACGGAUCAAGCAAUGCGUCGCCAUCAAAAAAGGGGGCCCUUUGAUGGUCCUCACAGCGCCUCACCCUGAGCCUGGAGCAAGAGAAAUAUGCAUCCGCAACCGGGCUGUGGCGUUGAAUCCCGUUGACUGGAAGAGAGUCCAUCAUAGUAUUCUGGCAGAAAGAUGGCCCAAAGUCCUGGGCAUUGAUAUGGCCGGUAUCGUGGAGGCUGUAGGCCAGGACGUUACCGAGCUCAAGCCCGGAGACGCUGUCAUGAGCUUUGCGGGCCUCGCCGGGCGUGGAGCCGCCUUUCAAGAAGUGGCCACGGUGCCAGCGCAUUUUGCAUGCAAGAAACCCGAGGAUUGGACGUUUGAAGAGGCUGCUUCCGUACCCGUCCUCCUCCUAGGCGGCUCCUCAGGCGUGGGCUCCGCAACCCUCCAGCUGCUGCGCAUCGCGCUGCCCGACGCCGUGGUAAUCACAACCAACGCGCCGCGGCACAAUGCGCGGCUCGGUGCCGCAGGGGUUGCAGCUUGCGUCGACCACCACGGGAAAACCAUGCGUGAGCUUGUUGCCGCCGUCCGGGGAGCGUGCGUUGACCUUGGCUUGGAUGGGGGAGGGGUCGAUGCCAUUGUUGAUGUCGUGGGUAAUGGGAAUGGUGGUCUCGGUGCUGGACGUGACGAAAGGAUGGAGUUGUUUAGCCUGCUGAGAGAGAACGGCCCCCGUGUGUAUGCGGCAGUUGCGACUACCGAGCGAGACAUGGGCGCUGUUCCCGCCGGUGUGAAAGCGGUGCGAGUCUAUGGGGGCAUGGCGUUCCAGGCUGGGGGCAGGGAGGUGAUGGCACGGCUGCAGGGGCUGGUCGAGAGAGGGGAGUUUCGGCUACCUGUUGAGGUCGAAGUCAUUGGGGAGGGCCUCGAGACUGUUGCGGAGGGGCUGGAGAGACUGGGCAGGGGUGGUAUGAGUGGUACAAAGUUGGCUGUCAGAUUGUGA